CACGCUGCUGCCGCUGCGCCCGCCGCCGCCCCCUCCCUCCCCCUCGCCCCUCCGAGUGGCUCGCCGUGUGCACCACGUCGUCGUGCGCUCGGCCAGGGAGGGCCACGGAGCUCGGCGAGGGGAGCUCUCGCUGUGUACAGGCGCACCAUCGUUUCCCGCGCGCUGGGCAGCCUGGGCGCCUCUGCGCCGAGCUGCGUGCCCGCAGCCGCUCUGGCCCAGCUCGCCUCAGGACCACCUGCCACCAGCCGCCGCUCCGGGCGAGGGAGAUCGAGUAGUGGAAGAGGACCUCGGGAUCAUGCGCGCCUCGACCGGCCGCCGCUCCCUCGCGCUGCCCGCCGCGCUCGGCGCGGGGCUGGCGGUGCUGCUGCUGCGCCGGGCGGCCCCGGGCGCCUUCUCGGCGCCGCAGGCGGCGAGGGCCCGCGGCGGCCGCACCGCGAUGAGGGGCUUCAAGGAGGACUUCGAGGCGUGGAGGGGGUCGCUGACGCCCGAGGAGAGCACCAUGCUCAAGAAGCAGGCGGCUGGCGAGUUCAACAAGAAGUUUCGCAAGUCCGACGAGUUCAAGAAGGACCUGCCGGACGAGAAGGUGCAGUCCUUCUCGAAGAUCCUCGGCAAGUUCUUCGAGGCGGAGGCCGACGACUACAAGAAGGAGCCUGGAUCGGAGGCCCCAGACCCAGAUGGCCUGCUGUUCAAGGGCACCGAGUCCAAGAUGGACUUCAGGCUGAAGAGCCGGAUCGUCGAGAUCGACCGCGACGCGGAGCGCCGUUACCACUUCGCCGCUCUGAGGACCACGCACGCCGCGUACAGGGGGGAGUUCUGGCCGAGCAGCUCCCCGAUGAAGGAUGUGUAUUAUUUCCAGAACAACGACACGGAUUCGCACGACACGCUGGUGAAGGCGGUUGAGAUGACAGGGGUCCCUGUCGAGAUCCCCCCGAUCGGCGAGAAGUUCAGCAUGGUGCUUCCAAGAUGCCUAUUUCAGGAUAUCAACGAGGUCGGCGCCAAUCUCAUGGCGUGGAAGAAGGAGUUCGGCGUGUCGGAUGACGACUACAAAACGGCGGUGGAGAAGGUCACUACUGACCUGAUCCUGGGCUACUAUCCAGCCCGCGAAACGAUCGAGAAAGACGUCACGGACAUGAAGAAUUUCUUCAAGUCUCAGUCGAAGGACCUGUACAAGACCAAGGCCGAUGUCAUGAAGGAGAUCUGGAGGGUGUUCGAGGAGAAGUCUGGCAAGAAGAUGCCCCCACUGGACGAUGAGUUUCUGGCGGAUCUCGAGAAGAUCCCUGCCGUGGACGAGGUCUCGUUCAGGCACCCCUGGGGUAUCGCUGACAAGCUGUACAAGUCGGAGGCCAUCGACGCCUUUGGCUUCAAGUACCUGCUGGGCGUCUUCGAGACCGUAAAGGAGGCCGAGGCGGCGUUCGACAGCUGGAACGCCGAGUUCGACCAGGCGCGCGCGGACAUGGAGAACGAGCUGGGCCAGUGGAGCAAGCAGGAGCAGGCGCGCCUCGACGCCGACACCGCUGGCCAGGAGGCCAUGAAGGUCGUGAUGGAGCAGGGCAGGGCCUGAGUGUCGCGGACGGCCGCGGCCGUUUUGCGAGCGGUCCAGCGGCACCAGGGCGGCUCGGCCCCCCUGGGCGAUAGCAGUCUACCCGUGGCGGUGAUUCCGUUUUUGAGACGCCAGGGGAAACGGUUCCGCG